GUUAAGCUUUAUGCUUAAAGUCAACAAUAAAGACUGAAGAUGAAUUUAUCUAUUGUUGUUGGAUUAACAGUUAAACAUGGCUGGUCAUCACCCAUUCAGGACAAAUAAAGGUCUAAUAACUUAAGGUUUCCUAAAUAAUUGAGUUUUUAUGUUGUAGAACACUGAAUUUUUUUUUUUUAAUGAAUACAUUAUAUAGCAGAGAUUGAGGGUUUUAAAUGUAAGUAAUCGUUCCACAGGAACUUUUUUCAAAAAGGAGUUUCAAACUUUUUGUACUUCCUAACUGGGCCUUUGUCAGGUCAGCAAGAAAAUCUAAAUGUGCAAGAUCGAAACAGGGUAAAGAACCAACACAAAAACACAAUCUCAAAUGUUGGAGUAUCAAAAGCUCAGAAGUAUUUUUCUCAAAUGACAGUAUUCUGUCAAACCAAAUGAUCAGACAAGAAGAGACACGAGAGAGGUAGCUCUUUAAGACGAGACUCAGUCAUGCACCGACAUCUCAAGGAUGACACUCUUGAAGAGCAAAAUGUUGAUUUAUUUUAUUUGUCUUGACCAGACGAAUCUUACUUUUUUGCAAUGAAGGCCCGGACCUAAAGGCAGCCUAACCUGCAUGUUUAUGGUUUGUGGGAGAAAACCAGAGUACAUGUAUGCAUGAGAACAUGUAAACUCCACACAGGAAGACCUCCACCCCCAGACCUUUUUGUUGUGAGGCAUCAGUGCUGCUCAUAUUCUGGAAAGAAGAAUUUAUGUACAGGGCCGGCCCUAGACAAUUUGGUGUCCCUUGUUCAGUUUUCUAAAUCUCCCUGUCAAUUUACAAAUAUUCACAAACUAAAGUAGUUUUGUCUUUUUUUUAGCUUUAGAAACCAGGUUGUCCAAUUAAAAUAGUUAACAUAAUUCAUUUGAAACAUGCCUGCCAACAUCUGCUGAUGGCAAUGAGAAACACRUGUUCAUGUUAACGUGCAUCUGUGGAGUGAAGCAGUUCUAGGGGGUGUUCCAGAGGUAUACUCCCCUGGGAACGCAUAUUCCAGCUAUUUUAGGAGCAUUUUUAUAAAUUCUUGGGAUUAAUAAAACAUAAAACCAGUAUUUUAUAAAGACAGGACACUGAAAACCAGACUUUAACCUGAACUUUAUUUGAGAUCAUAGCUAAAACUUCCUUUAUCCGUAUUUUUUUCUAUUUACAAACUGAGCACCAGCACUGCAUCAUAAGAUAUUUAUCAUGAAACAUCCUCUGCGCCAUGUAACACCUCAUGUAGUAACAAAACAGCUGAGAAACCCAGAGAAUGAGUUAACUUCAUAAACCUGAGUAACCAGUGCUUAUUCUACAGACUAAACCAACAAUGCUGUGAUAAGAAGUUACAAUGUUUUUUCCAUCUCCCAUCUGUGACGCCUCCUAGAUGAACGACACCCUUACCAUUGGGCUAUACUGCCUUUGCCAUGACUCUCUGUUGUGAGGGGUGUGUUGUUUGUUCUACCUGUGAAUUUAGCUUGCAUAGUUUGAACUGAAAGGCUAGAGGCUACAUUGAUCUGGUUCCUGGUGCAGUUAUCAACGUGCAAACGCAAAUCUCAUUCCCAAAGUCAACCUGCUUGUCCUGCUGGGCCGCUUUUCCAUCCUCAUACUCUCCAUGCCUCAGCGCRACAGAUUCCUCCCCUCAAACAUUCCUCAGUYACAACUCUGUGAUUUUUACCUCGGUUGUUUUUAGAAACAUAUCAACGGAGACAAAGGCAGGAAAUCUGAAACAUACAGGCGAGCCAGACCCGUGAGCUCUCGUCCGUGUGUGUUUUGUACGAGACGGUGCUGGAACGUCCGAUGAAUAGACUCCUCUGUUCUGGUGUUAGCUGGGCCUUGUUGCAGCAUAUUAGAGCGCUCUCUAGUUGUCAUGCCAUUGUUUGGCGCAUUCCAGCCCGGGCAGCUGAACAUUGUGCUGCUGCACCCUGCUGACUUUGACUUUUAGUUGUUUUCAUAUCUCUGAAUUUGAAUUUUCCCCCUUUUCUCUAAAUUCAUAAAAUCCUUACAUAAUCUGGAGAGAUUGUUUCCAUCAUGGUUUACCAGUAGAUGUGGUUACAGUUUCAGCAGGAGGACAGGACCUCAAGGGAGCGCACAAACAUGCCUGCCUCAGGUAUGAGUGAGGGAAGCGUCACUGGRAGAGGGAGAGGCCAGAGGGAAAGCUGAAUGAGGUUAUGAGCUGGUGCUUCAUUAACUUGGGUUUACAGCUCUGAUUUCUGCUGUCUACCUGGAAUCAGGAGGAGCAAAACUGCUGCUUGUGAGACAAGGCACCUCCUGACAGGCUUUCAGACCUGGUGACGUCUCCUGCGAGAUCCUUCAGAGUCUCCCUGAACACGUCUGCAGGGAAAGGAUGAGCAGCUUCCUGUACUUUGCCCUCCCAGCCUUGGGGGGAUACGCUCUGACUUCGCUGUACCUGCUGAAGAACCCUCACGUUCUCCACAAGAGGAAACGCACAGCGUUCUACUGCGCUCACAUCUCGCACAGAGGAGGAUCCGGGGAGAGGAUAGAAAACACCAUGGAGGCGUUCACAAA